CGACUUGUAGGCUAAAACCCUCGGAUGAAUAAUAAUUCAGGACAGACGAACUUGUUUGGCUUCGAAAAGUCUUGCUAAAUUUCUCCAGUAACAGAAGCAACGAACCCUAGAUUUAAUUCCCCCUGCAUCUCACGAUGGAAUUCUCUCCCGCCGACUUGGAAAGGCUUCUGAUGUUCGAGCAUGCUCGCAAAGCUUGUGAGACUCAGUAUGGUAAAGAUCCUCUCGAUUCCGAGAAUUUAUUGAAGUGGGGUGGAGCAUUGCUUGAACUUUCUCAGUUCCAAAACGUUCCUGAUGCGAAACUGAUGUUAAAUGAUGCUAUUUCCAAGUUGGAACAGUCGUUGACAAUAAAUCCAGGGAAGCAUCAGGCUCUUUGGUGUCUUGGGAACGCCUACACUUCUCAAGCGUUUCUGAUUCCAGAUGCCGUUGAAGCCAGAGUUCACUUUGACAAAGCCGCUGAGUUUUUCCAAAAGGCCGAAAAUGAGGAUCCAGGUAAUGAUUUAUAUCUCAAGGCCUUGGAGGUUGCAGCAAAGGCCCCGGAAUUGCAUUCGGAGUUUCAUAAGCAUGCAGGACAGCAGAUACUAGGUGGAGGUGCUUCAGCUUCAUCGAAUGCUAACAGCGGGAAGAAGAAGAAGAAGAAGAACAAUGACUUCACUUACGAUGUAUGCGGUUGGAUAAUUCUCGGUCUUGGGAUUGUUGCUUGGGUUAACAUGGCAAAAUCCCUUGGCCCUCCACCUCCUGCUAGAUAGAGCAGCUUUCUACUUGCACUUCUCCCCAACACAGAGCGGUUCUAGGUUGUAAGAGAGUCACGUUUCUGGCUAUGGUUUUGUAUAAACCUAGCAGCAGAUCUUGUACAACCCUCCUCCAUCGAAGUGUUUUGUUACUUAAUUAGUAGGAUGAUUGUUUCUUUCAUAUCGUUCCUCGUAUUAACGGGGGUAAGAGAAGUUCUUUUGCCACUAAUAUGAGCUUUAUGCUUUUGGUUUUGUGGCACCAACAUAAAAGGUGAUACAUAUGAGCUUCUUAUUUACAGAGUUAAUGGGCAAUUAUGGGUUCUUAAUAGAUGAAAAGUAUGUGAUUAACAACAGUAAAACUUAAAAAUGAAUAUUUGCAACUCUCUUCGGGAAGCUCACAAAUUCAAUAAAAGCCUAAGGGCGGGCAUAAAUAACCCAAACGCAGCGUUAAGCAUUUCGACUCCAUCAUCUCCAAGAAGUGAAGAAGCUUUGAUAAAAAAAAAAUGGCCUGCAAAACGAUACUGCGUUCCGUUUUCCUAUCGGAAUCACGCCGGACUUCCGGCGCAAGUAGGUGCUUCUUUUUCCCUCCUUCUCCCGCGUCUGUUCCGGUCCAUGGCUUGUUGCCGGCGCCAAAGAGUCUGAGCUUCCGUGGUUUUGCCGCUGUUCCCGAACGGGUCCCUCGGCUCAAUUGCACCCAUAACGAUCAAUCCGAGCAAGCCCCGCCUCAAGAAGCUGUUCUAAAGGCGAUUUCAGAAGUGUCAAAGACUGAUGGGAGGGUUGGUAAAACCACUAAUAUGAUCAUCGGAGGCACUGUGGCUGAUGACUCUACUAAAGAGUGGCUCGAGCUUGACCAAAAGGUCAAUACUUACCCAACAGACAGAGGUUUUACUGCAAUCGGGACUGGUGGCGAUGACUUUGUCCAUGCUAUGGUCGUUGCUGUUGAAUCUGUUAUCGAACGAGAAAUUCCAGAGGAUUGUGUAAAGCAGACAUUAUCAAGCAAAGGCAAAUAUGUGUCGGUGAAUAUUGGCCCUAUCCGAGUUAUCUCUAGCGAACAGGUUCAAGCUGUGUAUAAUGCAAUGAGGAGAGACGAAAGAAUGAAAUACUUCUUAUAGGUUUAAGGUGUGUGUAGAAUCACGGGUUCUUACCUCUUUUCUCAUUUCCAUUGCGACUUAUGCAGUGUGGGAGAAUUCCUUUUUAUAUCUCUGAAAUAGAGUUGGAGUUGGUUCUAAGAUUAAUGCCCAGAAAGUUGUGGCUUCUAUUACAAGAGAGGGCCCAGUGUCAAGAAAAAGAAAUGCCUAAUGACUGAUAAACUCUUGGUCUAUAGUUUAAUAUUGUUUAGAUACAGAAGCAAUUUAAAUAGCAUUUGCACACUAAAAAAAGAAUUUAAAGUUCAAUAGUAUGAGGCUAUGAGCUGAUGAAUCAGAAGCUAUUUUUUAAUGAAUAACCUGAAAUUCUUAGGCAGAGAUGCUACCUCUUCCCCCUCUAAGUCUAAGGUGUCAAUUCGGUUUGAUCUGACCGGGUGAGUCAUAGGUUUACCGGUUUGCAGGCUUGGUCAGCCCGGUUUUUUAUUUUCACGGAUUGAAAAAGGGUUAAUCCUAAAAAGCAUGUAUGAGGUAAUCAUGAUACUGUAGAGUGUAGACGUAACUGUCUCUCUCAGCCUGGUGGAAAGGAGUUUUAAGAGAGCUUAUUUAGUCUAUUUAUGGUAUUGAUUAAAAUACGAAGAUUGAGAUUAUUGGGUAAUUAGAUAAAGUGGAAGGUGGAGGAGGGGGUUAUCCUGAGUCUUUAAUCUUUGAAAUUAGGUUAAGUGGCACUGUUGGCCAACUAAAAGCAUCCCCAAGUAUACUCAAUAAUGACACUCUCUCCCUCUGUUAUAUUUCUUUUAAUUGGGUUAGGAAAUUACAAAAUUCUUCAAUGACUUAAUGAUUCUAACUUGCUAACAAAGCCAUAAAGACGCACGAGUUUUUACAAUAAAAACCCUACCAUAAUCCCCACUUUUUCCAUCAUUUCGUACACUCACACACGCUAAUAUUAGCAGAUUACACAUCUUAUACCAUACAGUAAAGUAAGUAGCACAACAUUUCGAAGGAUAGCAAGAAGCAUCAAGGAAAAGAGAUGAAAGAUCGGAUGGAGCGAUGUGUGGUAUUGCCGUUUUCGUUGGGUUGCUCAACGCAAUCUAGCGUCGCCGUCGCUCCAACUCAUCAACACAAGAAACCAAACCAACUCAUCAAAAGAAGAGAAGAAAGUGAAAGUGAUGGAAAUGGCUUGUUUCAAAAAGAAGACACAAAGAUAGAUAACAACGGUGCUAAUAUCACAGAUGGCAUCUACAAAAUCAUUCGAAGCUUCAAGAGUUUUUCUCACUUUUUCAUUCGCUACGAAGAGGAGAGGGAAGAGAGAGAGGCAGAGAUGGAGAUAGGGUUUCCGACGGACGUGAAGCACUUGAGCCACAUCGGCGUAGAUGGAACCAUGACCACUUUUGACGUCCGCUCCACCGCCUCCUCUUCUUUUCCAUUCGCCGGUUUCCAUCUCACCGCCGUCUGAUUUAAUUUUCAUAUUCAGAUAUUCUACAUUUCUUUUUAAUAUGCAAUAGUUUCAUAGUCGUAACAGCUUAUAUUUGGUUGCAUGUAAAUACCUCAAAGUCCAUUCAAUAAUCACUCUCUCAAUAUAUGGCCUACUAUUCUUUGCCGAUUUUAUCUGUCACCAUCAUUACUAGCUCAUCCAUUUUAUUUUAUUUAUAAAAAAAAUCAUAUCUGGUAAGCUUUAUAAUUUGAGAAACAUCAAUUUUGAAAAGUGUAAACAAAGAACGCUUCAACUGAUGCUCUUUGCGGAGAAAAACAAAAG